AUGGAAAUUGAAAUAUCAACAAUGAGUAUUCUUGAAUUUAUAAUGUUGAUAUCGAUUGCAAUUAUUGGAUUUACUGGAAAUGCAGUUAUUAUUUUUCUUUUUGCGUAUGGUGGGAGUCGUGUUAGAAUACUGAGAAAUUUUCUAAUUGUUAGUUUAUCUUUUGCAGAUUUAGUUAUUGCAGGAAUACUUGUCCCAUUUUGGAUUGCAUUGAGAAGAGAUUAUCAAAUAAAUAAAGCAACUUGGAGAUUCUAUACAGCUUUUGACGUCAUGUUUGGAACUGCAUCAAUACUUAAUCUAACUGCAAUUAGUUUAGAACGAUUACAUGCAAUUAAAAGCCCGCUACGUCACUUAACUCUAACUGAGACUCCGUACUUUGUGGCUAUUAUUGUAUCGUGGACUAUUGGAACAGCCUUAUUUUUUGUUAAAUAUCUUUAUGAUUUGCACAGACCAAAUAUGGAUACAUAUUUUUUAGUUUUUACGUUGUUGCUUUUCAUUACUGUGUAUUUGAUUCCAAUUUUAAUUAUCAUACUUGCUUACACUUUUAUUUUCUAUUACGCAAAUUAUAAAAAAAAACAUGUUCGUCAAUCAAGCAUACUUGAACGAAAAAACUUCAAGAGAGAGCUAAAAGCAGCAAAGACAAUAGCGUUAGUAGUUGGUCUGUUUAUUUUGUGUUGGACCCCGUUUUUUGUUGUUAAUUUGAUUUAUAUCUUUAUAUACUUAAGAUAUAAAAAACACACUCUUAGCCACCUAGAAGAUUGGUUUUACGCUUCAAAAGUAUUGCACUAUGGCAACAGCAUAAUGAAUGUGAUUAUUUAUGGAUUUCGUAGUCGAGAUUUUCGUCGGUUGAUUCGCUUCAUUAUUAAUAAGCUUACUAAAAAAAAUAAUAAUGUAUAA